AUGCCGGUUUUCCGCGAAGGAUCAAGGCCAACUUUUGAGACCUCAUUGGACUCCUGGUGGUCUGCGGACGAAGACGUGACACAGAAGUCGGUGUUUACAUGUCGACAAGGGGCCACGGCCCUUACCUUGAUGAUGUAUGAUUUGGAAGCCCAGCUUAACCUUUACACCAAUAUUGACGUCCCAACAAUUGAUGAUGCUUGCGACCUAAUCACCAUCGCCUCGUUCCUCUACUACGGGCCGUUAUACGGCAUUCUAACGGCUCUGGGGCGGAAGACAGAGACCAAGAGAUAUAAUAAAAUGUUCAAUGGGUACGCGGACGCGAUGAUGGAUCUGGUUGAAGCUAUUGGGGAGGCUCAGAAAGCACUAAACAUUUUUCGACGGGCUCAUCAUUUGAAGCCGCUGGAGAGUCUGGAGAGUCUGGAAAGUCUUCUUGUAUCAAGAAGUCAGAAAAUGGUCCAUAUUACACCAAUCGCUCCAAUUGAGCUACUUAUGAGGAUUGUAGCGGCCCGUCAGAGAUGGGAUAGCCUUGAGCAUCUCUGCGAAGAAUACCGCAGUCUCAAGAUAGCCAAGUCUCGAGGUGUCAGGGAUGGCCUGCCUAGAACCACCUUCCUCUGUAUAGGUAUCUCACCAAACGGUGAUCCUGUAUACAGCAUUUCCGCUUCAGCAGAUUAUUGGAGUGGCUUCAAGAAGCUCCAUGAAUUUGUCUUGAAACUACGCCAUAGGCGUCGCAACGACAUCACCAAGGCUGUGAAGGGAGGUAGUAAGGAUGUCAAAUGCAUCAAAAAAUGGAGUGAUGUUGUUCAGCGACGGUUUGAGAGCAUCCCAGAGAAAAAUGAGAAGAUUAAAGAGCUCGCAAGUCUUAUUGAAAACCCGCCGGGUUAUUUCUCUCAUCUGCACGACGUCGCGACACCCUUUGAGUGCCCAUCUUUCCAGCCCAAGGCUCGGUGUAUGCGCUGUCAGGUACUCUUUAGAUAUGAAGUCCCCGACAACGUCAAGGAAAAAGAGAGAAAUGCGUCUCAAAUAUACCUUGGCUUUACCUGCGCAGAGACCUACGCUCACUUCUAUUGCCGAGCUUUGGAGGGCCGGGGUCACGCCAAGUUCACCAGACAUUGA